GCAGCCCCGGAAGUGACACCGCUGGAGUCGGGCCUCUUUCCGGUUCCGGCUUUGCGAGAGGGCGCUGCGUCGACAUGAAGCUGCUCACCCACAACUUGCUGAGCUCGCAUGUGCGGGGGGUGGGGCCCCGUGGCUUCCCCCUGCGCCUCCAGGCCACCGAGGUUCGCGUCAGCCCUGUGGAGUUCAACCCCGAGUUCGUGGCGCGUAUGAUACCCAAAGUGGAGUGGGCGGCGCUUCUGGAGGCGGCAGAGAACUUGCAUCUGAUCGAGGUGCCCAAAGAGCCGAUUCAGGGAUAUGAACAUGAUGAGAAGUUUCUCAGAAAGAUGCACCACCUUCUGCUGGAGGUGGAUGUGUUGGAGGGCACCCUGCAGUGCCCAGAGUCGGGACGUCUAUUCCCCAUCAGCCGUGGGAUCCCUAACAUGCUGCUGAGUGACGAGGAAACUGAGACUUAAAACCGUGCCAGGCCCCCGUUUUUCAUUCUACGACCGUGUGUACCUUUGUUUACAUGUAUCCUGUUUGCUAGUUCCGUCCUGUGUAUCCCCAACCCCUGGCCCAGUGACACACUGGACACAGUGUUCUUGAGCUCGAUAUUAUAUUUUUUUUCUCAUUAAAGGUUCAAAACCAAAA